AUGGCAUCGACAUCUAAGGGAGGGGAUACGAGUGGUGGGUUAGCCGAGGACAUGACGCGCAGGAUGAAGAGCUUCUCUUUAUCUGGAAAGGAGAGUAACUUUGUGGAUCUAGGAAACGAAGAUGUUAAAGAAUGUGCGGAGGAGUGUAGUAGGAGUUUGGUGGGAAUAGUGAUCGGAAAUAGAAGAGUAGCCUUGUCUGGAGUCCGUCGAGCCAUGACGGCAAUUUGGAGAAUCCAGCAGCCAAUGGAGGUGAGAGAGAUUAGUUCAAACUUCUUUCAAUUCAUCUUUGAAGACGAGGAAGAUAUGAGGAAAGUUAAGGCAGGUAAUAAUUGGAUCUUUGAGAAUCAAUACCUGGUGUUGCAAGAGUGGAGGAAGGGGAUUUCUCAAAAUGACCCUUGUUUUCAUGAAGUCAAAUUAUGGGUUCAAGUUUUCAACGUCCCUCUGGAAUGGCAGAGCCCGGAGGUGGGGAUCAAGGUGGGCAGUGUUUUCAAUAACGUUUUUAAUGUGAGUGUUAUCAAUGCGAAUGGCAAUGGAGGACGAGCACUCAGAAUCUUGGUAGGUGUGGACAUAGAGGAACCAUUGCCUAGAUGCUCGGCCAUACGGCUAGGAGACCAAGCUACUAUGGUGACUUUCAAAUACGAGAGGUUGGUGAACUUAUGUUACUACUGUGGGCAUAUUGGACAUCUUGACAGGGAUUGUGCCAUCAAAUUGGGGGAUGUAGAGAAAAGGGCUUUGAAAAUGGGACAAUUCGGAGAAUGGAUGAAGAUUAGUGAAUAUAGAGGGGGCAACUUCUCAGGAAAUCGGAGCAGAUCAACAGAGCAGGAUCAGGAUACUAGUGCAGAUAUUCCUCUUAGCCCAGAAAAGCCACAAGAAUCAAUACUCAGAAUUGCAUACAAAGGUAGUGAUGCUCACACUUCAUUACCAAUUGAGAAUAAGCUGAGGCAGAUGCAAAAACCACUGAGCAUGGUGGAGUCAAGUUCUUCCAAACAAAAGCCUAUUCAAUCAAGCCCCCUUAAAGAAGACACCACACCAGGAAAACCAAAUCAGGAGAAGGGGUCUGAGGAUGUUUCUAAAAAAGAUGAAGCUAUAGUCCAGGUAGGAGAGAUGGAGGUGGAAGCGGGGGAAACUCAUACUCAUGAUUUUAACUCAGGGGAUCUUUUUGAAGUUCAGAUUUAUGGGGAAGCUCAAACCAUUGUAAGGCCCAAGACCUGGAAGAGGUUGGAGAUUAAAGAGAAUAAGUUGAAGGGGAAAAAGAUUGGAACACAUGUUCUAGUGGAAAAGGGCAAAAAAAGGGGAAGGAACAAAUUGUCUUCUCAGUCUAUUGAUGAAGAACAGAUGCAAAUCCUCGACAACCAAGCAAUCCGCAUGAGGCUCCUCAGUUUUUUUACGGCGGCUUCCGACAGGCGAGGAGAAAACACUGAAAUUUUCAGCGUGAGGAUGCAAUUUGGCCAACCUAUGGUCGAUGUAGAUUGGAAUCCAAAGCGACCAAAACACAGGCCAGAGCGACUACACGAGGCGGUUCGCGGCCAGGCUCCAGCUAGAAGAGUUGUUGGCCGAACUCGAGGAAUGGUGAGCAGUUGGACGCAAUGGAAUCGAUUUUCCCAUGAAGGAUGCCUGAGCGAACUAAACAGGACAUGGCAGUUGAUGCUCUCUGACGUGAGCCGGCGCGGCUUAUGUUUGUGCGAGGAUUCUGGUCGUCGGGCAUUACAGACGGAUGGUCUUCUUCUUAGGGCUGCGCGUCUGCUAAACACGGACUGGGCUGAACGCAUGUCGUGUUGGUCUCAGAUUCUUGCCGGAGAAGACAACGAUGUGGAUGAAGUAUCAUCGACCUGCUGCUGCGCGACUUCAUGA